AUGGUAAGACUUAUUGCAUUCUUUAGUUCGAGCAAUGUGAUGAUAAACGACACGACGAUUCAUACAUACACAGCCUUCCAGGUUCUCAAAGGAGGUGCAUUGUUUCUGCUUGUUGCAUGGACCGUCUUCGCCAACUCUUUAGUAUUCAUCGUUCUGUACAAAAAUCCAAGGUUACAAACGGUGCCAAACCUACUGGUUGGUAAUCUAGCUUUUUCUGAUCUCUGUCUUGGUUUGAUAGUGCUGCCACUGUCGUCAGUUUAUGCUGUCGCAGGGGAAUGGGUCUUUCCUGAUGCUCUAUGUGAAGUUUUUGUAUCAGCCGACAUUCUCUGUUCGACAGCUUCGAUAUGGAACCUAUCAAUAGUGGGGCUGGAUCGGUACUGGGCCAUAACGAGUCCUGUUGCUUAUAUGAGAAAGAGAAAUAAACGGACAGCCUGCAUUAUGAUACUUUCUGUGUGGUUUUCUAGCGCACUGAUAUCUCUAGCUCCUUUAUUAGGUUGGAAACAGACAGCCAUUACACCUAAUCUUAUUUAUGAAAACGACAAUAUGGUGCGACAUUGUACAUUCCUCGAUCUUCCAAGCUAUACGGUUUAUUCGGCUACCGGUUCAUUUUUCAUUCCAACAUUAUUGAUGUUCUUCGUCUAUUUUAAAAUAUAUCAAGCUUUUGCAAAGCAUCGUGCUCGACAGAUUUAUCGACAAAAAGUGAUAAGGAAACAUAUUGAAUCAACUAUCCUACAUGAGAUAAGCCACGUACUACCAGCACCUGACGUUUUUGACAAGGAAGAUGAAGACAGCACAAGCUCAAAUCGUGUAGAAAACGGAUUUGGUACGGAAGAAGUUCCCAUACUAGAGGAUUGUGACAAUAGAUCAAAUACAACAGUUCAAGAGAGCACAGCAAUCACGAACUACACGGGUAGAGCCAGUGAGCCAACGCAAACUACGCUUUGUAGACGGGACAGCAAUGCGGUUUUUGACCAAAGUCCUUCAAAUAUGAAACGCUGCGUAUCCUGCGAACGGAGAGGGGACACACCUCCAAGAACUGCGAGCAGAAAACUGCGACGGGAAAAGAGUGAGCGCCUCGUGAACAGAAAACCGAAGUUCAAAAGUCCUCCGAAGCCAAAAGCGAUUUCCGCUGCAAAAGAACGUCGUGGCGUCAAAGUACUCGGAAUCAUUCUAGGAUGUUUUACUGUCUGUUGGACACCGUUCUUCGUGAUGUAUGUAUUGGUGCAAUUUUGCAAGUACUGUAAUCCGAAUCCGCACAUCGAGAUGUUCAUCACAUGGCUAGGCUAUAGUAAUUCCGCAAUGAAUCCUAUUAUAUACACGGUGUUCAACAGAGACUAUCAAGUGGCUCUCAAGAUGUUAUUUGCAAACUACAAAAUUCGUCUCGCAUGUGACUACAAAACUUCUGUUAGUUCAGUCGUCACAAAGCACAACUGGGUCAUAAAAUGGUCACUUCUCAAUAUAUCACUUUCUGUCUUCCCAAAUUUGUUGUCAGGCUGUAGAGAAUUUACAUACAAGUGUUUUGUGGAUGGACACAUACAAGCUUUGGCUUCAUCUGUAGUGAACAACGAUAAAACUCGCGCUUUGCAUUUGGCACUUUUGUAG